AACCGGAAGAGACCUCAGAAGGUCAUCAGGUCCAGCCCCCUGUUCUAGGCACGACCAAUUCCAACUAAAUCAAGCAGCUGGUUAUGCAGAGAUCCCUCACCUGCUGCCAGGGUGGGGUGCCCCAGGAGCUGGCAGAGUUUGAGAAGCUCCCAGACCAAGUGCAAAUCAAUGACCAAGUGCUCAGAGAAGACGGCUUUGCCAAUGACCCUUUCUACAGAUGUCUGGUGGCUGAGGUCCCACCCGAGUACCGGAGUCGAGAUGGACAUACCAUCGUGGGGUACGGCCUCUAUUUCUUCACCUACAGCACCUGGAAAGGCAGGAAUAUCUACAUGGAGGACCUGUACAUCAUGCCUGAGUUCAGAGGUAUAGAUCUGGAGGAGAACAGGAUGAAUUUGGGGUCCCCUGGCAUAUGUACCCCCAACUAUGCUGGUAAAGGCAUUGGCAAGAAGCUCAUGAGUAAAAUUGCUGAGAGCUGGAGAGGGAACCCAGGAGUCCUGGCUCCCAGCCCCCCUGCUCUAACCCACCAGGCCCCACUCCGCUCCUACAACCAGAAAGAGAACCCAGGAGUCCUGACACCCAUCCUCACCCAGUUGAUUGCUCUCAGAUAGGCGUGGAGAACAGAUGCAUCGAGAUGAAGUUUGUGGUGUUGGACUGGAACCAAGCAGCCAUUGACUUCUACCAGAGCCAGGGGGCAGUGGACCUCACAGCUGCUGAGGGCUGGCAUUUCUUCCACUUCAAAGGAGAUGCCCUGGUUCGGCUGGCACAGGGGCAAACUGGACUGUGACAUGGCUUUUUUUCCUGGCACAGCUGCACGGGAGGGGAAGGAAGUUUAUUCACUGUACCACAUGGAAGUGUCUACAUGACUUAUCACUGAGAAACCAGGAAUCCUGGAUUCUCUCCUCCCCUCCCCGAUCUCCCCUGCCAGCCUCGCUCCCCUGCCAGAGCACAGGAGAGAACCGAGGAGUCCUGAUACCACCAUGCUGCUGUAAACCUCCUUCAUCGAUGUUCCUAUUAAAAUCCUUUUCUUCUGAUCAA